AAACACACGUUUUGGCGGGAAUAUUCACAAAUUAAAAAGAAAAAUUUAUUAAAAAUUAAGACGCAAUUGAAAUACCGUGUCUGUGGCGAAGACAAUUAUUUUCAUUAUUUGCAGUAUCUACAAAACAGAAAAAAAUAGAAACCUUAAUGAAAAUUUAACAAGAUAUUUAUUUUAUUUUUGAAGUUAUUUGAAAAGAUUUUUGAUAAUAAUAUGCACAUUAGUAUAUUGAAUCUGAUAUAAAUCAUUCGUAAUUUGAUACAUUUAUAAUUUAUAUAAGAAAUUAUCGUAGGGUCGUAGGUCAUUGUAGAAAUAAUGACAAGGUAUAUUCUGGAACAAAUAUAAAUUAUGGCUGAAAAAGGAGCGCAUUUAACGGGAACAACGUUUAUAAGACCUUCUAUAUUUGAAAUUAUCGCUCAAGAAUCAUUUGCAUCAACUGUUGAACCAGCUUUUAAAAAAAUUUUGUCGUUUAUUCUCUCGUUUAACUUCGAGCGAUACGGACAUCUUCUCAGGUGGGCAGAUGAGAGUUAUUUAAUUUUUAACAUAAUUCUACAAAGACAUUAUUUAAAAAAAUAUUCGGCUUCUUUUUCUGAAACAUUUUACGGCUUGAAACGCAUAGCAAUAAUAGAUUCUAAAAUUAAACAUAGAUUACCAAACAAACAGGAGAAAUUGUCUUUAAUAUUUAUAGUUCUAUUUCCAUAUUUGAAAAAUAAAUUCUAUCAACUAAGUCAAAGAUACAGAUUCGAAGAAAUAAAUGGUUCUGUAACACAUUCGAAAUGGCAGAAACUGUAUCGUAAUUGUGUUGUCAAAGGAUACACAAUAAGUUUCAUGCUGUACGAAUUCAUGGUGUUAUAUAAUUAUGUCCUAUAUGUUGCUGGAAAAUCUGUGUAUCAGUUGCCACUUCUUAGACUCUUAUCCAUUACAUUAACAUAUUCUAAGCCACAACAGAUACUGAACAUUUCAGAUCUAUUACGAAAAAUCAAAGAUAAUUCAUUUGGCCUUAGCGAUGGCAUGGAUAUACUUCAACGAACAGUAACUACAUCUCUAGAAUUUGGGGCAUUCUUUCUUCAGUUCUUAUCUUGGUGGACACAAGAGCAUUAUCAAAAAAGUUUAAUAACUUUACCUGUUCCACCACCACCAAAGAUUCCAGAAAUAGCUAAAGAGUAUAAAGGAAGAUGUCCCAUUUGCCAUAAAGCGAUAAGAGUGCCUGUGGUACUUUCUAUUUCUGGUUAUGUAUUUUGCUAUCAGUGCAUUCUUCCUGUGAUACGUAACACUAGAAAAUGUCCAGUGACAAAUUACCCUGCUCAAGAGGAUGAUUUAAUACGUUUGUACUUAGAUUGAAGAAUAUAUACAUAUAUAUGUAUAUAUUCGUUACAUAAGGUGUAAAUAUGAAUAAAAUAUUUGUAUUCUUAAAACAUUCCAUGGUUAGUUAAUUAGGAGAGAGUCAUCAAUGUCAUGAAAAUAUUCGUACAUUUAUUGCAUACUGUAAUGUAAAGCUUAAUAUUAAUCUGAAUUCUAAGGAAGAAAACAUGGCAUGGAUUAUAAAGUACACUAAUUGAUUAAGCAAUUGUGAAUAACAAUUACAGGUACAUUCCUCUAUAUUACAGAAAAUACUGAUUAUGGCCGAAGCACUUUUCGAUUAGCAUCCAAUAUACUCGCGUACGCGAAUCACAGACAACAGCGCUAGAAGUUCCAGCUAUUGAUUCCAAUUGAACACUCACACCACAUUUUUGGUCAAAAGUCUUACAUAACAUAAUUAUAUUCAGUACAGAAUACUAGAAGUUCAAUAUUAUCUAGAAUCUAGAGAAAAGAUAAUUCGUUGUAACAUGAAAAGGCAACAUUUAGAAUUCUAAUGUUUUCAUUAUUCUCAUAUGAUUAAAUUAAUCAGUGUUCGAGUAACAAUUACUACAUAAAUACAUGUAAUAUUUAUAUGUAAGGCACUUUCAUGUUCAGUCCAAUAACAAGUUGUGUUCGAAGAGCUCGUAACAGUGAACUAUUCAUAUUAAUAUGAAAUAUUAAAAGCUAAUUAAAAGUCAUAGAAGGAGAAGGAUAAAAUGACACUUUAGGAAUACAGGAUUAUAAAAUGUAUGUAAUGCUUAACAUCGCAUAAAAGUUAAAAUUCUUUCGAUUUUAUCGUAUUGUAUGUAUUUGAUUUAUGAAAAAUAUUUGCAGUUGUAAUAAUAUUCCAUUAAAUUGUAAUUAUAAAAAUAUCUAGGAACGUCGAUUCUAUUUCUAAAAAAAAAUAGACAUAUUUACUUAUUCAUUGUCUCGCAUUGAAUGUUUAAAAUUUAUAAAUUCAUUAUAAAUUCUUUUCUACAAAAAUAUUUGGAAAGCCUUGUCAUAAAAUACUCGAACACUGAGUUCUCUAUCACAUUGAUAGGAACAUUUUUUCCAAAGGCCACGAUUAAUGCACAAAAUUCUAUCGCUCUAGUCUAAUCAAACUAACUCUAUCGUUAACGUGUCGUUUCAUGGCGUUAAAAUCGUUAACAAUAUUUCACUUUACAUCUGUACAAAAAAUUUCUAAAUAUUCCUUCUAUGCAUUGGUCAAAAUUGUCAUAAUAUUAAAAAUAUAGAUUUUAAAACAUUAUCGAAAAAAUCAGUACAUUUCGUUGUUUACGUAAACACUACAUAAACGUUGAGUUUUUUUUUAAUUUACUUUUGCAAAAGUGACCAAGGCACGAGUACGAACUGUCUUUAGCGUUGUCAAAUUUUUAUAUGCGGUAAAUACAUCAUAAAGAGUAAAAAAUCCUUUGCCAAUUAAAACCUUUUUUUAUAUAUGAUUAUUUUAGUAGAACUGCAUACUAUGUUAUGAAAACGAACAGAUCAUUUUCUUGGCUGAAUCAAUGUAUCGAAAUGAAAUAUUUAUUUUGCCAUUUCUGGCAAAGUUUCUGGCGAACAGCCAGUUCAUUUCCAUAAGUUGUUUGACUAGACUGCAGCUUCAAUGCAUUUUUCCACGAGUUUCUUUUAUAAUUAUAUAUUGCAAAACAAACAUGGACCAGCAUUCAAUAAUUUCAUGUCUGAGAGAGUAUUAACAUUUCGGACAGUAACAGUUAUCUAAGCAAGCAUUACAAUAUUGCUUAUCCUGUGUAAUGAAGGAUCGUAUAAAAAAAUAUAGAAGUAUUACGAAGUACAUGGUGAUAACAAACAUUAAAAGUUCCACUGAUAAUAUUUACGUUUCAGAAAAAUAAAAUUCUCUAUUCCGCAUGUGUAAAUUUCGCUUUACUCUACUGACUUAACUUUAUCUACAGACCUUGCAUAGCUCUAACAGAAUUUAUGAGAACAAUAUCGACGCUUUCGAGAAUCACUUAAGCCUAUAAAUAAUUAUACUAGCUAAAGGUUUUAGUUGCGAUUUUGAUUUCUGUAUAUGUACUCUGUUGUAAAAAUCUAAUAUUUACUCUACCGAGACAUUCAAUUGUUCAAAGUUAACUCAGCACAGUUACAUGCAAACAAGUAUAAUGUAUAGUGAAAACUCCAAGCUCAAAUGAGAAUUCUACUGUAAUUAUCAUUCAAUGAUGAAACGUAAAAGGAUAAUCUAAUAAUAACUUUGACGGUUUAAAUAUUAGUAAGUAAAUUUAACUGUUAACUAUGCAUACAAUGAAGCAGAAUGUACAUUGUUAUAUAUAGGUAAAACGUACGUUUCAGUAUUCUACAACGUAUACAUACGCACGUGUCUACACGAUUUAUAUAUUCCGGAUUUAUAUAUUCUCAUACCCAAUCGUAUGUUACUUUGUUUCCUGUUGCAUUCGCGCGUUCGUCGAGCAUCAACUUUUUCUCAAAAAUAUAGAAACUAUAAUUCCUCGAAGAAUGCAACUCUAGCCUUAGUGGAUCCGGACUUCACUUUUUUCAACGUACUGUACUUGUUCUCACCGAGGCGCACUUGUUCUUCGUGCAACUGGUCCAGUUCACACUGUUUCUCUCCAACUUUCAUUACUUCGAUCUCCGUGCGUAAUUCUCUUAGCUGCUCUUGCAAAUGUUUGCUCUUCUCCCAGUAGUCGACCCUCUCUUUUUCAAUUUCUAAGG